GGAUCUCCCCGUCCUCGGCCCGCUCUGUUCUCCGCUCUCUAUGCGCCAUUCCUCCCGCGGCCUUUCCGUCCCUCUCGUCUCUUUGCCCUCCGCCGUCCUGGGCUGUGCCUCCGUAUGGGCCGAGGAGCCGCCGGCAGUCGCGGAGGCUCAGCUAUGGCAUUUCCUCCACCUUUUGGACUGUGCUGACUAAGCCUCUCCUGCCUGGAGGGGAGAUCCGAAAACGAUCAUGGAUCCCUCACAGGCCCGCUGCCCAGGGCUGCUGACUGCACUGCUCCUUGCCCUCUGCUGUAUCCAGCAGUCCCAUGGCGGUGACUGUAAGGGGCACCGCCAGGUGCUUCGCAGUGUAUCUGGCUAUGUGACGGAUGGGCCAGGCAACUAUUCUGUCAAUGGAGACUGCGAGUGGCUCGUGGAAGCCCCCAGCAGCAGCUACCGCAUCCUCCUGACCUUCAUGUUCAUGGAUACAGAAUGCACCUAUGACUACCUCUUCGUUUACGAUGGCGAUUCCCCCAGCAGCCCUUUGCUGGCCAGCCUCAGUGGCAGCACGCUGCCCCCCACCAUUGAAGCAACCUCGGGCAAGAUGCUGUUGCACCUGUUCAGCGAUGCCAACUACAACCUGCUGGGCUUCAAUGCCACUUACACCAUCUCGCUCUGCCCAAUGGGCUGCUCGGGACACGGCAUCUGUGGCAACGACGGGCGCUGUGCCUGCUUCCAGGAUUGGGGUGGGGACGACUGCUCCGUGCCCACCUGUGCCACCUACUGUCAGAACCAUGGUUCCUGCAGCCAGGAGUCAGGGCACUGCCAGUGUGAGCCUGGAUUUGUGGGCCGGGCGUGUGACUUAGCCCUGAGCGAGAACCAAGGAGCUGGCAAGUGGUACAAUGUGAGCGCCUGGGAUCCCCGCUUCCGGCCCCGGACAGCUGCUGCUGGUGCUUUCCUGCCCUCCACUGGAGCACUGUACAUCUUUGGAGGUCUGGAUUUAAACACAGCCCUCGGUGACCUUGUCUUUUAUAACUUCACCACCAACGUCUGGCAUCGACGAGUGCUCAGCCCCUCCCCGUCGGCACGUCACUCGCACACAGCAGUGGCCUGGGAGGGGUUUCUCAUCCUGUUUGGGGGAGAGUUGGCCAGUGGCUUUCUCGCCAGCGAUGUCUGGAUGUACCUUCCCCGGGAGGGGCGCUGGUGGGAGUUGGAGCCUCUCAACAUCACGUGGUUCCCUCCCCCUCCCGGACUGGCCGGCCACGCAUCUGCAGUGGUGGAUGAAUGGCUGUAUGUGUUCGGAGGCCGCACCUCCGUGGACGUCUUCUCCGCGCAGAUGUACCGCUUCCACCUGCGGCAGUGGCGCUGGGAGUCGGUGGUGCCGUCGGGGGGCAAGGCCCCUGCCGCAGCCGGCCACUCCAUGGUUUUCCACCCUGCCUCCCGCACCCUCCUGGUUUAUGGUGGACACCGGCCCUCCACUGCCCGGUUCAGUGUCCGAGUGAACACCACCGACCUCUUCCACGUGGGCCUGCGCUACUGGAGCACGUUGCGCGCCAAAGACUCGCACCGCGGACCUCGCGAAAGGGCUUUCCACUCCGCCACCGUCAUCGGCAACUACAUGGUCGUUUACGGGGGCAACGUGCACAUCCACUACCACGAGGAGAAAUGCUACGAGGACGAGAUCUUCUUCUACCACCUGGGCUGCCAUCAGUGGGUCUCGAGCCACGAGCUGGCCCCUCCGAUCACGCACGAGCACGAGGCGAAGGCCCAGUCCCCGGCGCGCGGGCGCUACUCCCACGUGGCCGCCGUGAUGAACGGCAACGUGCUGCUCGUCGCGGGAGGCUACAGCGGGGUGCCGCGCGGCGACCUGCUGGCCUACAAGGUGCCCACCUUCGUCUUCCAGGUGCCGUCCCAAAUGUACCACCUGGAUUACUGCUCCAUUUACACGGAGAAAAGCACGUGUGCCAAGGACCCCGAGUGUGCCUGGUGCCAGAGAGGGUGUCAGAGUGCUCAGCCCCACAGCAUCUGCCCCAGUACCGGUUGCCUGGGCUUGGCCCGCCUCUUGGUGGACUGCCAGUCCUGCCUGGCAUUUGCCGGCGCCAACGCUUCCCUGCCCCGUGCUCCAGGACCCUUUGGCUGGUGCGUGCAGAACGAGACAUGCACGCCUCUUUCUGAACGAGGCAGGUGCCAGGUAGGAAAGCUUUCGGGAACAUACGGCUGGUGGGGUCCACAGCCUUUCUUUGUGACCUCCUUGGCACAAUGCCAGCAUGAAAAUUUCCUGCCUGGCCUUCACCUCAUCACCUACCAGCAGCCACGGAACAACUCCCAGCCUGAUAAGGUCUCCAUUGUCCGGAGCACCACCAUCACCCUCAACCCCAGCACCGAGAUGGACGUCUCUCUGGUCUACAAGGGGUUCAUCCACCCGCUGGUGAGCAGCUCUGGGCCUGCGGAAGACAUCUCCAUCUGGGCACGCAUCCAGCGCCUCUUUGUGAUCGCCAAGCUGGCCCGAGCACCGGGCGCCUCUGAACUGGAGGAGGUGGGCCGCUGGGCAGUCCAGCAAGAUAAGGAGAAGCGGCUGCUUCAGCGUCCUGGAGCGGAACGCCUCUUCCCCAGCACCGAGCGAGGCAACAAGUACACAGUGCUGGUGGAAGGCCACCUCAACAACUCUGGCAACGGCCAAACGAGCGAACUGACCCUCACCUGGGACCGUACAGGUGUGCCUGGGGGCAGCGAGAUCUCCUACUUCUUCCUGGAGCCCUUCCGCUCGGAGCUGUGUGCCGCUUACCGCUCGUGCCUCGCCUGCCUGGCCGACCAGGGCUGCGGCUGGUGCCCGCUCAGCGCUACCUGCCACCGGCGGCUGGCGCGCGGGGACGACGCGGGGCCCUGCGGCGCUGGCAGCGUGCGCCUCGUCCUGGUCCCGGGCAACUGCAUCCUGUGCGAGGACUACCGGGACUGCCACGCCUGCAGCAAGGACCCCUUCUGUGAGUGGCAAGUGAACAGCAGCAAGAAAGGAGAUUUUCUCUGCAGCCGCCGAGGUCGCCUCCCCACUGCUAUCCGCUCUCCCAAGGACUGUCCCAAGCUCUGCAAUCAGCGCGCCACCUGCUCCGAGUGCCUCUCCAACUCCAGCCAGUGCGCCUGGUGCCAGUCCACUCGCAGCUGUUUCUUCUUUGCCGCCUACCUGGCGAAGUACCCCUACGGGGACUGCCGCGGGUGGUACGACAGCGUCCAUUCCGUGCCCCAGUGCCUGGACUGCACCCGAUUCAACACCUGCCGUGAGUGCCUGCAGAACUUCGAAUGUGGCUGGUGCGGCAACUCGGACAACCCAACCCUGGGCAGGUGCCUCUCGGGGGACUUCUCGGGCCUGAACACCUACCUGAACUGCUCGGUGGCCCUGUGGGAGUCCCACGGGCUGCUGCCCACCCAUCCUGCCCAGUGGUCGUACGGGCAGUGCCCGGAUGUGGACGAGUGUCGGCUGGGCCUGGCCAACUGCCACCCCUUCGCCAGCUGCAAGAACACAGCCGACUCCUUUGAGUGCCACUGCAACCGGGGCUAUGCUGGCGACGGGGUGACCUACUGCAACCAGACCUGCUACGAUGAAUGCGCCCACGGCGAAUGCAGUGGGGCUCCCCACUUCUCCUGCUUGUGCGAUUUAGGCUGGACCUCCGAGGUCAUGGGGGCCACCCCUCCCCCCAACGGGGUGCAGUGCAACGUGGACUGUGGCUGCCACUUCCACAGCACCUGCGCGGUCAAGGGGGCCGGUUUCUGCGACGAGUGCCAGAACUGGACCCAUGGCGAGCACUGCCACCUCUGCCGGCCGGGCAGCUACGGCAGCGCGGUCAACCAGAGCGGCUGCUGGGAAUGCAGCUGCAACGGGCACGGCCUGGCGGAGCUGGGCUUCUGCCACGGUUCCACGGGGGCCUGCUACUGCGCCCCGCCCACAGAGGGGCCGCACUGCGAGCGCUGCGCCCCGGGCUACUCCGGGGACCCCAGAAAUGAGGGCGUUUGCUAUCAGGAGUGUGUCGGGCGCUCCUUGCUCACCAACAUCUCUUCCUCUUCCUCGCUGAGCUCUCAACGGGCAGGAGGGACCCCGCCGGGGGGGCUCUCCUACUGCGUCUGGGUGCUGUCCACUGGUGACGACGCACAGCCCUGUCGGCCCGAGCAGACCUGCCCGACCAUCACGCUGACCAUCCAGCCUGACACCCUCUGCGUGAAUAACUACGUCUACAUCUUUGACGGGCUGCCCGACUUCCUGGACACAGGCCUGAUCCAGCUGGAUCGCACUCUGAUUGGGGCUUUCUGCGGCCAGGGGCGCCCCCACCCGGUCACCGUGGAGGCUGUAUCAGGCCUCCUGGUCAUCUACUACGAAGCCAACUCCAGCGAGUCUUCCGGGUUCAAUGCCACCUACACGGUGCACCACUGCCAGCCCGGCUGCCACCCCAACCAGGAGUGCCUGGAGGGACGCUGCGUUUGCAGGGCGGGAUACACCGGCCCCGGCUGCCGCUUCCAAGUCUGCCCGGCCAACUGCAGCGCUCACGCUGGGCAGGGGGUCUGCAACAGGAGCUUGGGCUUGUGCGUCUGCAGCGAGGGGUUUGCUGGCGCAAAUUGUUCCAUCCCACUGGAUACGAACAAGAUCGUCUGGGAGACGCUGACUGACACGCAGCUCACAGCGGACACGGCCAGCCGGUUCCUGCACCGCCUGGGUCACACCAUGGUAGAAGGACCAGACGCCACACUUUGGAUGUUUGGGGGCAUGUCGCUGCGAGAAGGAAUGCUGGGCAAUGUGUACAGGUACUCCAUCGCCGAGCGCCGCUGGACGCAGAUGCUGGCAGGGACCGAGGACAGAGGCCCGGGGCCCAACCCCCGCUACUUCCACGCCGCCGCCUACAUUUCCUCCUGCAAGGCCAUGUACCUGCUGGGUGGGCUGACCGCCGAUGGCGUGGCCAGCGAUUUCUGGCUGCUCAACCUCACCACGCUGCAGUGGAGACUGGCGCAGGACCCUCUGAUCCCUGCAGUGGCUGGCCACACGCUCACCGCUCGCCGUGGCUCUUCCCUGCUGCUCAUUGGCGGUUACUCCCCUGAGAAUGGCUUCAAUAAGAAAUUGCUGGAAUACAAUGUGGCGUCGGAGAGCUGGCAUGCCGGAAACCAGGCCGGAACCCCCCCGACAGGUCUGUACGGGCACUCGGCCGUGUACCACGAGGGCACAGAUGCCAUUUAUGUCUUUGGCGGCCACCGCUUCCACGUGGAGAUGGUUUCCGCCUCCCCCGAGCUCUACAGCCUUUACUACCCCAACCUGACCUGGAGCUUAUUGGCCCCCUCUCAGGGACCAAAGCCUCUGGCUCAUUUCUUCCACGUUGCGGCUGUGCUGAAGGACACCAUGGUGGUGAUCGGAGGGCGCACAGAACGUGAGAAUUUCACCAACCACGUGUUCUUCUACCAGUUGAACUGCAACACCUGGAUCUUACCCAACAGCACAGUAGAUGCCGUGGUGGGCGAGCCCAUCAUGGAGUCCAUCGCCCACGCUGUGGCUGCUGCCGGAGGCCGCAUCUACCUCUCGGGCGGCUUCAACGGGGUGGCGCUGGGGCGCCUGGUGGCCCUCUCGGUGCCCUCCGACCCUUGCCUCAUCUUUUCCAGCGUGGAAGCGUGCAACGGAUCCAGCGCCAGCUGCGCCUGGUGCCACGGGAGUUGCCUCUCUGCCGACGCAGCUGAGAGACACGGCUGUUCUCCUGGGGGGACCUCCUGCUUCCCCACCCCACGGUCAGCGGACGAAUGCCGGCGGCUGAGGACCUGCAGCGAGUGCCUUGCUCAGCAUCCGCGGGCCAUGGCCCACAGCCUGGGCAUUCCGGCCUCGCCCCAGUGCAAGUGGUGCACCAACUGCCCCGAGGGGGCCUGCAUCGGCAGUGCCGGCAGCUGCACCUCGGAGAACGACUGCCGCAUCAACCAGCGGGAGAUCUUCGUGGCCAGCAACUGCUCGGAGAUCUCGUGCGAGGCCUCGGACUGUGCCAAGUGCACGGCCUCCGGGAAGUGCAUGUGGACGCGGCAGUUCAAGCGCACGGGGGAGACCCGCCGCAUCCUCAGCGUGCAGCCCACCUAUGACUGGACCUGCUUCAGCCACUCGCUCCUCAACGUCUCCCCGAUGCCCGUGGAGUCCUCCCCUCCGCUGGCCUGCCCCACGCCCUGCCACAACCACAGCACCUGUGCGGAGUGCCUGAGCUCCAAGGGGGCCGACGGGGGCUGGCAGCAGUGCGUCUGGAGCGUCAGCUUGCAGCAGUGUAUGAGCCCCACGUACCUGCCCAUGCGUUGCGCAGCUGGGAUGUGCGGCCGCGUGCUGAGCGGGACCGAGAGCUGCGCCCCGUCCUGCUCGCAUUUUCAGCAAUGCGCCCUCUGCAUCCAGCAGCCGCGCUGCGGCUGGUGCGGCUUCCGGGACGAGAACGGCAGAGGGCGCUGCCUGGAGGGUGGCCAGAGCGGUCCUCGCGACGGGCUGCUGGAGUCCUGCGGCCUGAAGGCGGACUGGGCCUUCAUGGCGUGCCCCGCCGAGAACGAGUGCCGCAACGGGCAUCACGACUGCAACGAGACGCAGAACUGCAGCGACCUGCCCCAGGGCUACAGGUGCACCUGCAAGAGCGGCUAUCUGCUUGACAACGCCACGGGGCUGUGCAGGCCGGUCUGCGAGCAGGGCUGCGUGGACGGGACCUGCGUGGAGCCCAACGCCUGCCGGUGCCACUUCGGCUUCGUGGGGCGGAACUGCUCGGUGGAGUGCCAGUGCAACAAGCACAGCGACUGCCGCGGCGUGGAGGCCCGCGACCAGUGCCUGCAGUGCUUCAACAACACCAUGGGGCAGCACUGCGAGAAGUGCCAGCCGCUCUUCGUGGGCUCGGCCGCAAACGGGGACUCCUGCCGCCCCUGCCACGCGUUCUGCCGGGGAAACAGCAACGUGUGCAUCACGCGCGAGGAGUACGAGAGAGCCAGCCAGGACCCCGCCCGCUUCCCCCUGGACCCCGCUUUGAUCCCCCAGUGGGUGGCGGAGGGGCCGGUGGAGGAAGCAGCCGUGUGCGUGAACUGCCAGAACAACAGCUUCGGGGAGAAGUGCGAGAGCUGCCUGCACGGCUACUUCCUGCUGGAGGGGAAGUGCACCAAGUGCCAGUGCAACGGCCACGCGGACACAUGCAAUGAGCUGGACGGGACCGGCUGCCCCUGCCAGAACAACACGGAGACGGGGGGCUGCCAGAACAGCGCCCAGUCCGACAAAAAGGACUGCUACAAGCAGCAGUGUGCCAAGUGCCGUGAGUUCUUCCACGGGAACCCGGUGGGUGGGCACCAGUGCUACCGGCUGAUCAUUGUGGACCAGGAGAGCUGCUUUGACCCGACCUCACAGCUCAACUGCUUCCACGAGCCCAACAUCAAGAACCUGCCACUCGGGCGCUCCGUCUUCUUCGGCGUCCAACCCAAGUUCACCAACGUGGACAUCCGGAUCACCAUCGACGUGACCUUUGGCGGGGUGGAUGUGUACAUCUCCACCUCCUACGAGACCUUUGUGGUGGACGUCGACCAGCUCACGGGCAUCCACUCGGUGCGCAUCGUGCCCCCGGGCGACGACAUGGGGGGGCGCAGCGGCGCAGCCAACAGCAGCCAGCCCUCCCCGCCCGUGCGGGAGGCGCACGCCCACGGCCUCAUCACGUACAUCACCGUGCGGGAGCAGCAGGCCGUGCUGAUCGUGCGUGGCGUCCGGGACCGCGUGGUCAUCACCUACCCGCACGAGAUCCACGCGCUCAAAUCCAGCCGCUUCUACGUGGUGCUGCUGGGCAUCGGGGGCACCAGCCCCAACGCCUCGGAGUCCCAGGGGCUGCUCUUCUUCCGCCAGGACCAGGCCCACAUCGACCUCUUCGUCUUCUUCUCGGUCUUCUUCUCCUGCUUCUUCCUCUUCCUCUCAGUUUGCGUCCUGCUUUGGAAGGUCAAGCAGUUCCUGGACCUCAGGCACGAACAGCGCCGCCACCUGCAGGAAAUGACCAAGAUGGCCAGCCGGCCCUUCGCCAAGGUGACCAUCUACUUCGAGCCGGACGCGCUGGGCGCCGCGGCCGAGCUGGUCUUCCUCCCUGCGCGCCCCCACAAGCACCCCGCGCUGGCCGCGGCCCAGCCGCUGCCCAGCCGCCUGAAGCCCUACCACGAGGUGCCCUACCCGGUCGCCCACUUCCGCCGCUCGGAGCCCUUCCUCUCGCACCUCAUGGGCUACUCCUACUCCAGCUUCCGCGUGGGGCCCAUCACGCUGGAGCCCACGGACGACGGCAUGGCCGGGGUGGCCACGGUCCUCUUCCAGCUGCCGGGGGGGCUGCAGGCCCCCAACCGGGCCUGCCUCGGCUCCGCCCUCGUCACCCUGCGCCACAACCUGCAGGACUACUGCAGCGGCAGCCACGGCGCGAGCAGCUCCCGCAAGGGCCUGCUCAGCCACGAGAACCUCACGAGCAUGUCCCUGUGAGCGGCUGGGGCGGCUGCCACGCUCCGCGGGGAGGGGGCGCCGCCCGGAGGGGCCUCGCGGAGGAGGGGGCUGGGGGGCACUUUGUGAGGGGGUCCCAGCGGGCCUCUCAGGAAGGCAGCGUUGGCCCCUGGGGGAAGCGGCUCUUCCCUUGCUUCUCGGCGCAUGCACAGGGGGCCAGCGUGCUUUCUCGCCCUCGCCUGUUCCCGCGGCCCCCCAGCCCACCCUCCUUGCCAAGGCUGGAGCUGCACGGGUGGCGGGGAGGGGGCAGGCAGAAAUGGCUGGCUCUGCUAGCCCAUGGAAGCUCAGGGGCACGCUUGGAAGUUCACCGCAGGGGUGGGCAGCGGGAUCGGACCUUGAUGCCUCGCAGUGUUAUUCCUUAAGUACUGUUUCCAUUUCACUUUUUUAAGCAUCUCC